CCAACCAUCUCUCCAACUCCACCAUUUCCUAGCUACAAAAAUGUCAUCUUUCUGUUGUUCAUUUAGAUUUUCAAUGAUGUUGCUUGGUCUACUAUUGGCAAGCUCUUUAAUGGCUGCCUCUGCGGGAGAUUUAAAUCAAGAUUUCAUCAUCACAUGGGGCAAUGGCCGUGGUCAAAUGUUAGACAAUGGCCAGUUGCUCAUGCUGUCCCUUGACAAUGUCUCUGGUUCUGGUUUCCAAUCUAAGAAUGAAUUUCUAUUUGGAAGGUUUGAUAUGCAGAUCAAGCUCGUCCCUGGAAACUCCGCUGGCACUGUAACCACUUUCUAUCUAUCAUCUCAGGGAGACAACCAUGAUGAGAUUGAUUUUGAGUUCUUAGGUAACUCAAGUGGAGACCCAUAUACUGUCCAUACCAAUGUGUUUAGCCAAGGCAAAGGAAACAGAGAGCAGCAGUUCAAACUGUGGUUCGACCCAACAAAGGGCUUCCACACUUACUCCAUCCUCUGGAAUUCACAACAAAUCAUCUUCUUGGUGGACAAAAUUCCUAUCAGAGAAUUCACGAAUAGAGAAUCUGAAGGAGUUCCAUACCCUCAUAAUCAAACAAUGAAGAUCUACUCCAGCCUUUGGGAUGCUGAGAACUGGGCAACUAGAGGAGGUCUUGUGAAGACUAACUGGACUGAAGCACCAUUCAAUACUUACUAUAGAAACUUUAAUGGGAACGCCUGCGUGGUGUCUUCUAUUGGGGUUUCUUCUUGUGAUUCAAAUUCAAAGACGUCAACUAGUGCUGUAUCUAAUAAGACAUGGCAAACCCAACAGCUCGAUUCAAAAGGUAGAAGAUAUCUGAGAUGGGUUCAGAAGAAUUACAUGAUCUACAACUACUGCACAGAUUAUAAGCGUUUCUCUAAUGGUCGCCCGCGAGAGUGUAAACGUUCCAAGUCCCAUUAGAGAACUAUUGGUAGAUUCUCUUAUAAGUGGAUAUUAUAAUUCCAUUAUCAUUCUUUUAUUUAUCAAACUGAUUUAAUUUGUUGCCUUUGGGCCUGUACAUUUUCCUGUCCUCGGUGGAAUUACUUAGAGGAUGGUAUACCAUGUGCCCUAUGGGUAUGUUCUAUUGUAAUAAAAAUAAAAUAAAUUAUUAUUUCAUUCAUUAAUAGAAUUUCUUGGUUGUCAUCAUAAUUAUGACCAAUUUCUCAUUAGAGGAUGGUA